GUUAGUUACUGCUCACUACCCCAACUCAUCUCGCAUACCCGGACAUACAGCCUUCUUGCGCUGCGCGAUCGCAACUACCCUCAACUACUACCCGAUCCUUCACCAUAUAGACCGUCCCACCUUCUCAAAAUGUUGAUCAAAGUCCGUACCCUCACCGGCAAGGAGAUCGAACUCGAUAUCGAGCCCGACUACAAGGUCUCCCGCAUAAAAGAACGCGUCGAAGAGAAAGAGGGCAUCCCCCCGGUCCAGCAGCGACUGAUCUUCGGUGGCAAGCAGAUGGCCGACGACAAGACCGCCGCAGAAUACAACCUCGAAGGUGGCGCCACACUACACCUGGUCCUCGCGCUUCGUGGUGGUUUUUAAAAGCGACAGGGACUUGAGAGGAAAGGAGGGAAAGAGAGAUGCCGGUUGGUAGCUGUGUUGUGCAUGGGAAAUUAAUAAAUCGGUUCCCUCCCUCGACAGUUUUGUCGUUACCAUCAUACUCAUACUCAGACUCAUACCCAUAAUCAUGCCUAUCUACCCCGUUGCUACGCUUCAGGAACUGGUUUCCUGGAAUGGAAACAUCAUCAUGGCCGGUUUUUCUUUGCUCCAUCACAGGCAUAUAGAGUUGAGUCGCGCAUAUGUCGCUUUCGUCCUUGGACCCUAGCGCGAUGUUGAAAUGUGGUUUAGCAGCAAUACAAUAAUAAACCGCUCAUCAGCUUGUAUGCGGUGUGCGGGCGCGGAUUUCAAUGGGUUGGAGAAAGGGCGGCGUUUGGCCGUAUGGGAAUGGCGGCUGUGGUUGACGAGGUUUGCUGUUGUAUCCUGGCUGGGGAAGAAGAAGAAGUAUAUGUAUACGUGGGUCAGGCUUCAGUGUAGCAGAG